GCGUGGCCGGGGCGGUGGCGGCCCCGGUGCAGGGCGGGAGGCGGCGGCGGCGGCGGGGCCAUGGCCUGGUCCCGGUACCAGCUGGGCCUGGCCGCCCUCAUGCUGCUCACCGGCUCCAUCAACACCCUGGCGGCCAAGUGGGCAGACAACUUCAGCGCAACCGGCUGCGGCGGGACGGAGGAGCAUGGCUUCCAGCACCCCUUCCUGCAGGCCGUGGGCAUGUUCCUGGGUGAAUUUUCCUGCCUGGGGGUGUUUAACCUGCUGGUGUGGAGGGAUCGGUGGAGGCCAGAGCCCAGCAUGGCCCCGUCGCAGCCCUUCAGCCCGCUGCUCUUCUUGCCCCCCGCCCUCUGCGACAUGACUGGGACCAGCAUCAUGUACGUGGCCCUGAACAUGACCAGUGCCUCCAGCUUCCAGAUGCUGCGAGGAUCCGUCAUCAUCUUCACUGGGCUCCUCUCUGUGGCCUUCCUGGGCCGCAAGCUGGAGCUGAGCCAGUGGCUGGGCAUCCUGGUCACCAUCGUGGGGCUGGUGGUCGUGGGGCUGGCUGACUUGCACAGCUCUCACGACCAGAAACACAAGCUCAGCGAGGUGAUAACUGGCGACUUGCUCAUCAUCAUGGCGCAGGUCAUCGUCGCCAUCCAGAUGGUGCUGGAGGAGAAGUUUGUCUACAAGCACGACGUGCACCCGCUGCGGGCCGUCGGCACGAAAGGUUUCUUCGGCUUCAUCAUCCUGGCCCUGCUGCUGGUGCCCAUGUACUACAUCCCGGCGGGCAGCUUCAGCGGGAACCCUCGGCGGACGCUGGAAGACGCCCUCGACGCCUUCUGCCAGAUCGGCCACCGGCCCCUCAUCGCCCUGGCCCUGCUGGGUAACAUCAGCAGCAUCGCCUUCUUCAACUUCGCCGGCAUCAGCGUCACCAAGGAGAUCAGUGCCACCACCCGCAUGGUGCUGGACAGCCUCCGCACCCUCGUCAUUUGGGCCGUCAGCCUGGCCGUGGGCUGGGAGACCUUCCACGGCCUGGAGAUCUUGGGUUUUGGGGUGCUGCUGGUGGGUGCCGCUCUUUACAACGGCCUGCACCGACCCCUGCUCGCCCGCCUGCCCCGGCACGUGGAGGAGACCGGCGAGGUGGCCGAACGGGAGGGCUUGCUACGUGGGGAGAACACGGCCAUCAACAGUGAGAGCUGAGCCCUCGCUACCGCUGCCCCCGUGUCGGGCUUGACCCCGGGGUUUAUUUCCCCCGGGGACCCUCUCUCCUCCCCUCGUCGGGAGGCGAUCGGCGCGGUGGUGGUGACGCCGGCCCCCGUCUUGCUGCCGUUUGCAGGAGAAACCUCUCCCCUGCCUCGCUGCCGGGGCUCUCGGAGGGGAUGGCGAGGCUGUGCCUGCCCUUCCCGGCGGGGAGCGGACCCCCCAGCCAGCUGUCUGGGGGAGAUUGAAGCCUCUGCCCCUGUUCCCAAGGGGCUCAGGUUGGGGCGGGGGGUGGGGGUGGUGGUGAGGCUGGGGUUGGGGCUGGCCCCGCUGCUCCCCGACCUGUGUCUCCCCCCAAUAAAGUGCAUCUGCCCAUGG